AUGGAUUGCGUCAACUGUUUAAUUGGAUUUGCCAACAAUAAAAGUUCUCACCGUAUAAGUUUGAAGGCUAUUGCCCUCCUUCGCAUAUGUGAGGAUCGUCUUGCUGAGGGCCUUAUACCGGGCGGUGCUUUGAAGCCCAUUGAUAUUAAUGCAGAUACAACUUAUGAUGUGACUGAGCAUUAUUGGUUCCCAAUGCUGGCUGGUUUAUCUGACCUAACCUCUGAUCCAAGACCUGAAGUCAGAAACUGUGCACUUGAGGUUUUGUUUGAUUUGCUGAAUGAAAGAGGUAGCAAGUUCUCAUCCUCAUUUUGGGAGAGUGUUUUCCAUCGCGUCUUGUUUCCCAUUUUUGAUCAUGUGAGACUUGCUGGAAAAGAGAACUUGAUCUCUUCUGGUGAUGAGUGGCUUCGUGAAACUAGCAUUCAUUCGCUUCAGCUGUUGUGUAACCUUUUCAACACUUUCUACAAGGAGGUGUGUUUUAUGCUUCCCCCACUACUCAGUUUACUGUUAGAUUGUGCCAAAAAGACAGAUCAAUCAGUGGUUUCUAUCUCUUUGGGUGCACUAGUGCAUCUCAUAGAGUUUGGAGGACACCAAUUCAGUGACAGUGACUGGGAUACCUUGUUGAGAAGCAUAAGAGAUGCUUCAUAUACGACACAGCCCCUUGAGCUGCUCAAUUCUCUGGGUUUUGAGAACCAUAAGCAUCAUAGAACGUUGGAAAGAAAUUUGGAGGUCUCUACGGGUGAUAGUCCUUCCCUAAUGUGUGUUGAUAGUAACAAUGGGACCACAUUUGCAAUGGCAUCUCCGAAUACGGGUACUGAUGGUAAUACAAGGAAUCAUACUGCAACAGUCAUGCUGGAUCAAAAUCAUGAAAUGGGGCUGCCCAUGGAUUUGGAACGAUCUGAAGGCUUACCAUCGCCUUCUGGAAGAGCACAGAAACCUGGUGACACUGGAGGCCUCCAAAGGAAUCAAACAAUAGGUCGAAGAAUCAUGGGCAAUAUGAUGGACAACCUCUUUGGCAGAAGUUUUACUAAUAAGUCUAAAAACCAUCUUUCAGAUGUUUUAGUACCAACUUCUCCACCCAAGAGUGAUCAACUCUUUUGGUAG